AUGGAGGACGGCGGGCCAGGCGGGUUUAUGGCAAGGCUUUUCAGACGCCGAGACGUGGAGGGGACACGGAUCGUGUCGUUCCCGCACGUUCCGCUGGUGGCGCACUCGCUCUCGCGCACGCAGCUCCCUGGCGGCGGCAAGCAGGCGCGCUACCGCGCCAACCAGACCAGCACAACCAAGUACACGCUGCUAUCCUUCCUGCCAAAGGCCCUAUUCGAGCAGUACAGGCGCGUGGCCAAUAUAUACUUCACGCUCAACGCGGCGCUGUCACUGACGCCGUACAGUCCGGUCAGGCCAUGGACGAGCUUUCUGCCGCUGGGCCUGGUGCUGGGCAUAGCCAUGAUGAAGGAGGCCAUGGAGGACUACAAGCGCUACAGACAGGACGUGGAGGUCAACAACCGCGCAGUGGAGGUGUUUGACUCUGGGGAGAAGAGGUUUGUCACCAAAACAUGGUCGGACGUGCAAGUGGGGGACGUGAUCACGGUGUUCAAGGAUGAGUACUUCCCGGCGGAUCUGCUGUUCUUGUCCGCUGAGAACGAGGACGGCCUGUGCUACAUCGAGACCAUGCAGCUGGAUGGCGAGACCAACCUCAAGAUCAAAAAGUCCCUGGACGAGACCAAGCACCUGACACGCGACACGCUGAGAGGCCUGACGGCUACCGUGCGUUGUGAGCCGCCCAACAGCCGGCUGUACCACUUCACCGGCAACCUGGAGAUGCCCAGCCCCCUCAACGCUGAGCCGCUGGUGGUGCCGGUGCCGCCUGCGGCUAUCCUGCUGCGCGGUUGCAGCCUGCGCAACACCGCCCGGGUGUAUGGGCUCGUCAUUUACGCGGGCCACGACACCAAGAUCUUCAUGAACUCCACGCAGCCGCCCUCAAAGCGCUCCCAGGUGGAGCGCACCGUGGACCGCAUCAUCCUCUUCAUGUUCUCCCUGCUGUUUGCCAUGUGCCUCGUGGGGUGCAUCACCUUCGCGUCUUGGACGGCCAAGGAGAUGCCGGGGCACUGGUACCUGGACCCUGCCCAUGUGCCGCGCGAAUACGACCCUGCCCAGCCCGUGCUGGUGGCCGUCACAAACUUCAUCACGUCCUUCAUCCUCUACAGCUACCUGAUCCCCAUCAGCCUGUACGUGUCCAUCGAGAUGGUCAAGGUGGUGCAGGCCUUUGUGUUCAUCGGCAAGGACCGGGCCAUGUACCACGCUGAGAGCGACACGCCCGCCGUGGCGCGCACGUCAAACCUCAAUGAGGUGCGCUGGGCUGUGGCUCUUGACUCGCAAGACGUGGCGCUGCAGCCGGAUGGGUCUGAGCUGGGCAUGGUCAACACGGUGCUGACCGACAAAACCGGCACCCUCACCCGCAACGUGAUGGAGUUCUUCAAGGCCUCCAUCGGCGGCGUCUCCUAUGGCGCGGGCAUCACGGAGAUAGAGCGCGCCAACGCGGAGCGGCGCGGCAUCCAGAUAGGGGUCGCCGAGCGCUCCAGCGCGAGCCCGUGCCGCGAGCAGUACUUCAACUUUUACGACGAGAGGAUCAUGGGGGGCGCCUGGGCGGCGCAGCCCAACCCGCAGCUGGCGCGGGAGUUCUUCAGGAUGCUGGCGCUCUGCCACACGGUCAUCCCUGACGGCCCGGCUGAUCCCAAGCGCAUCAGAUACGAGGCCGAGUCCCCUGACGAGGCGGCGCUGGUGGUGGCGGCCAAGGUGUUUGGCUUCUUCCUUUUCAAGAGGACCAACACCAUACUGACCCUGCGCGAGUCCCUGCCGGAGGGAGUCCAAGAGGCGGAGUACGAGGUCCUCAACAUCCUGGAAUUCAAUAGCACGCGCAAGAGGAUGAGCGUCGUGCUGCGCGGCCCCGACAACAGGCUGCUGCUGUACUGCAAGGGAGCAGACACUGUGAUCUACGAGCGCUUGGCGCGCGGCCACCCCACCAACGAGGCGCUGCGUGACGUCACACUGCAGCACAUGGAGGACUACGGCAGCGCUGGCCUGCGCACGCUGUGCCUCGCGUACAAGGAGCUCGACGCGACCUUCUAUGACAGCUGGCAGGACCGCUACAUCGACGCCAAAACGUCCAUGGACAACCGCCAGGCCAAAGUGGACAUGGUGUCCGAGGAGAUUGAGCGUGAUCUGGUGCUGCUGGGCUGCACCGCCAUCGAGGACAAGCUGCAAGAGGGAGUGCCACAGUGCAUCAAGGCCCUGGCGGAGGCCAACAUUCGCCUCUGGGUGCUCACGGGCGACAAGAUGGAGACGGCCAUCAACAUCGGCUACGCGUGCAGCCUGAUCACUGACGAGAUGACGCAGUUCCAGGUGACGGGCCACAGCCCUGAGGUGGACCUGCUGGAGCACCAGGGCAUGAUGGAGGACGCCAUGCUGCUGGCGGGCACGCACGUGCAGACCGAGCUUGAGCGGGUGGAGCGUAUCUUGACGGAGGAGCUGACCGCCAAGAUGCCGGUGAAGUACGCGCUGGUCGUCGACGGCAAGGCGCUGCUGUACGGGCUGUCUCCCAUGCUCAGGAACCUGUUCCUUAGGGUGAGCCUCAAGUGCGCGGCGGUGGUGUGCUGCCGCGUGUCGCCGCUGCAGAAGGCCCAGGUGACGGCGCUGGUCAAGAGCUGGGGGGACGUGACGCUGGCCAUAGGGGACGGCGCCAACGACGUCGGCAUGAUACAGAAGGCCCACAUCGGCGUCGGCAUCAGCGGCCAGGAGGGCAUGCAGGCUGUGAUGGCGUCGGAUUUCGCCAUCGCCCAAUUUCGCUACCUGACGCCGCUGCUGCUGGUCCACGGCCGCCUGAGUUACAAGCGCAUCACGCGCAUGAUCCUGUUUUUCUUCUACAAGAACCUGCUGUUCGGCACCACCAUAUUUGUAUACAACGCCUUUGCUCUGUUCAGCGGGCAGCCGAUCUACAACGACUUUUACAUGACGCUGUUCAACGUGGUGUUCACGGCCAUGGCCCCGCUGGUGGUGGGGUGGUUUGACCGCGACCUGGACAAGGUCUACGGGGAGAGGUUCCCGCUGCUGUACAGAGAGGGCCAGCGCAACCUAUACUUCAACCUGCCGGCGAUCGCGGGCUGGCUGGCCACCGCCGUAGCCCACGCUCUCAUUAUCCUCGCGUCGGUGAUGAUGGGCGCAGACUCCACAGAGAUCGACCGCCGGUCCGGCCACGCCGUGGGGCUGGCCCAGGACGGCAUCCUGAUGUUCAGCGUCGUCAUCGCCACGGUGCACUCGCAGCUGGCGUCCGUCAUCGACCACUGGACCUGGAUGCACCACGCCUCCUGCUGGGGUUCGAUAGCCCUGUGGUUCCUGUUCCUGCUGACGAUCGGCGCGUUCCCCAUCGACCUCUCCUCCGACCUCCACCACCUCUUCCGCGGCACCAUCGCCAACGCCCUGUUCUUCUGGCUCACCGUCCUCAUCGUCCCGGCCAUGUGCGUGCUGCCCACUGCGGGAUUCCGCCAGCUGCGGCGCUUCCUGCGGCCGCAGUACUACCAGCUCGUGCAGGAGAUCGCGGCCAGGGUGCGGCGCGGCGAGGCCAUGGUCGAGCACAGCAUGUCGAGCGUGCCGGGGAAGAGGAGCCAGCUGGCCGGCGUCAUGGCGCGCGCGAGCCGGCUGAUGCAGCGGAAGGGGCUCAAGGCGGCGGCCGGCCAGGGGAGCGGCGGCGCCGCCGCGCUCGCGGCGGCGGGGGGCGCGGCAGGUGGCGACGGGACGGCGCUGACGGUGAUGCGGCGGCGGGGGUACAACGGAUUUGUGGCACCUUACGAUGCGCGGUCGCGCGUGUUUGAUGCCAAUGAGCUGCGGGCCAGCGCGGCGGCCGCCGGCUACACCAUAUCUCAGACCGGCGAGAUCAUCGCCCCAACGGUCUCGCGCCACACGACCCUGAGCACGAUGGGCGGCGGCGGCGGCGGCGGCGGUGGCGGCUUCGGCCUGGCGACGGGGGAGCUGCUGGGCGGCGGCGGCUCUGGCGGGUUCACCCUUGGCACGACUCAGCCCGCCACGCCCGCUGCGCCGAUCGCGCGGGCAUCGGUAGGGGCGUUCGGCUCGGGCGCGCUCGCGCGGGCGCUCAGCGGCCUGGGCGCGAGCAGCCUGCACAGGCGUACGGCCAGCAGCGGGCCCCUGUUCAGCACCGGCCUGCUCUCGCACGGCACGACGCCCCUCGGCAGCGGAAACCUAGCAGUCGCGGUGGCGGCCGCGGGCACGGGGGCAGCAGCAGCAGCGGCGGCGGCAGGAGCGGUGGCAGCAGCGGCCGCGGGCGGUGCGAGCCUGCCGGGCUCGACGGUAUCCGCGAGCGGCGGCACGCCGCACACGACGCAGCCGCUCCCGCCGCUGUCGACGGGGACCACCGCCCUGCUGCAGACCAGCGCCAACGGCGGCACUGGGGCCGAGGCGGUGCCGCAGGUCGCGCGGGACGAGAGCACUUACGCCGGCAACCCUGUCCUGGCGCAGCUGGAGCGCGAGUUCAGCCGCGACCCCUGGCGCCACAAGCACGUGCGCAAGCUGAGCUUCCUCAACGUCUCCAAUCUGCCGCGGAUCCGCUCGCGCUCCCCCAAGAGCAAGAUGUCGCGCGGCGGCAGCCCCGUAUCGCGGGUGUCGUCGCAGGGCGGCGCGGCGGCGCCGGCCAUCCGCACGGACAGCUUCAACAGCGUGACCGACGGCGACGGCGCGGCAGAGGCGGCGGCAGCGGCGGUCGCGACCGCGGAGGGCGGUUCGUUCAGCGUGCGGGCUGCGGGUGCGCUGCCCUUGCCAGGGAUGACACAGGGCUAUGACCAUAGCGAUGGGCAGGCCGCCGGCAGUGGCGGAAGCGGCGGCGGCGCGGGCGGGCCCAGCAGCAGCAGCGGCAACGGCAGCAUUGGGGUUGCCCUGUCGGCGCAGCAGGUCCCUCGGCCGCAGAGGUGGCUGGGGCUGCCGGCUGAGGAGCCCGAAAUCCCAUCACUGCCGCCCGUGCAGCAUUUUGAUCAGCAGCCUCCUCACAACCAGCAGCAGCAGCAGCAGCAGCAUGCAGCACACCAUCAGCAGCAGCCGCAGGCGCAGCAGCCACCGCUGCCGACUGGUGCCCAGGUGCAUUCGCUCCACCAGCAGCACCGGUCACUGGGGUCGCCGUCCCGGUUGCUGCGCAUGGUGGGCGCAGGCAGCGACGCGCCGCCGGACGAGGUGACGUCACCGCCCGCAGCUGUCGCAGCGCCAACGGGCACCGGGGCUCAGGCCGCGUCAGCAGCAGGGCCAUCGGUGGCGGCGGCGAACGCGGGUGCUCCGCACAUGACGGAGCUUCAGACCGAGGAUCCUGCCAUGCUGCAGCUGUACCUGGCAGCACUGAGCCAGGGGCCCAAGCGACGCACCACUGGCGGCAGCAGCUGA